GUGCCGUCUCAUCUCGCAACUAUAUAAGCUUUAGGGAUCUGAGGGGAACGUGGGAGAAGGUCGCCGCCGCCGGGUGGGUGAAGGGAGGUAAGAAGGAUGUCUCAUCGGAAGUUUGAACACCCAAGGCAUGGGUCUCUUGGGUUUCUUCCCAGGAAGAGAGCCUCCCGCCAUCGUGGGAAAGUGAAGUCGUUCCCCAAGGAUGACCCAAGAAAGCCCUGUAAGCUCACAGCUUUCCUUGGAUACAAGUCUGGGAUGACACACAUUGUCCGUGAGGUCGACAAACCAGGAUCGAAGCUUCACAAGAAAGAGACCUGUGAGGCUGUGACUAUCAUAGAAACUCCACCAAUGGUUGUUGUUGGAGUUGUCGCUUAUGUGAAAACCCCACGUGGACUUCGUUCUCUUAACACAGUAUGGGCUCAGCACCUGAGUGAAGAAGUGAGGAGGAGAUUCUACAAAAGUUGGUGCAAGAGCAAAAAGAAAGCUUUUACGAAGUACUCUAAGAAAUAUGAAAGUGAAGAAGGAAAGAAGGAAAUUCAGGUGCAGCUGGAGAAGAUGAAGAAAUAUGCGUCUGUUGUUCGUGUGCUGGCUCAUACCCAGAUAAGGAAGAUGAAGGGUCUGAAACAGAAAAAAGCUCACCUGAUGGAGAUCCAGGUUAAUGGAGGGACAGUCGCUCAGAAGGUGGACUUUGCAUACAGCUUCUUUGAGAAGCAAAUCCCCAUUGAUGCUGUUUUCCAGAAAGAUGAGAUGAUUGAUGUGAUUGGUGUCACCAAAGGUAAGGGUUAUGAAGGUGUUGUUACUCGUUGGGGUGUCACCCGCCUUCCACGAAAAACACACAGAGGUCUCCGCAAGGUCGCUUGUAUUGGUGCGUGGCAUCCUGCCAGAGUCUCCUACACUGUUGCACGUGCAGGACAGAACGGUUACCACCAUCGUACUGAAAUGAACAAAAAGAUUUACAAAGUUGGUAAAACUGGAGAUGAGUCACACAGUGCUAUCACGGAGUUCGACAGAACCGAGAAAGAUAUCACACCAAUGGGUGGUUUCCCUCACUAUGGUAUCGUGAAAGAUGAUUACAUAAUGAUCAAGGGUUGCUGUGUUGGGCCAAAGAAGAGGGUCGUCACGCUUAGACAGUCCCUAUUGAAGCAGACUUCUCGUUUGGCCCUCGAGGAGAUUAAGCUGAAGUUCAUCGAUACAUCAUCCAAGUUCGGGCAUGGCCGGUUCCAGACGACUGAGGAGAAGAGGAAGUUCUAUGGUAGGAUGAAGGCUUGAUUUGUUACAUCUCUCUCUCUCUCUCUCUCUCUCUCUCUAGAAGCUUGGUUUAAUUGUUUGUCGUGAGAGCAGAGAAAGAGGAUAGUGGAUACUAAGUUGAGCUACAUUUCAUCUUUGAUUUGUCCUGUGAUGAUUUGAAUUUUGGACUUGCAGAGGAUAUCUAAAUCUAUUUCUGAUUUGGAACCCUACCAUGUUA